AUGAAAGCCCUUAUUCUCGUCGGUGGGUUCGGAACACGUCUUAGACCUCUAACUCUCACCCUUCCAAAACCGCUUGUUGAAUUUGGAAAUAAACCCAUGAUCCUGCACCAGAUAGAGGCAUUGGCGAACGCUGGAGUCAGUGACAUUGUUUUGGCUGUGAACUACAGACCUGAGGUUAUGGAAAGAGUAUUGUCAGAAUAUGCAACCAAGUUCAACGUCAAAAUAACUUUCUCGAUCGAGCAUGAACCACUCGGUACAGCUGGGCCUCUCAAACUUGCCGAGAAAAUUCUCGGCAAAGAUGAUACACCAUUUUUUGUUUUAAACUCUGAUGUUAUAUGCGAAUACCCAUUCAAUAACCUCGUUGAGUUCCAUAAACAACAUGGACAGGAAGGCACGAUUGUGGUUACCAAAGUCGAAGAGCCAUCAAAGUACGGCGUUGUAGUCCACAAACCUAAUCAUCCAUCGCGUAUUGACCGAUUCGUCGAGAAGCCAGUUGCAUUUGUCGGAAAUCGUAUUAAUGCUGGAAUUUAUAUCUUGAAUCCAUCGGUCCUCCGUCGAAUUGAGCUGCGCCCUACUUCCAUCGAACAAGAAACUUUCCCUGCCAUUUGUAAAGAUGGCGAGCUACAUUCAUUCGAUCUAGAAGGGUUCUGGAUGGAUGUCGGACAACCAAAGGAUUUCCUCUCUGGAACUUGUCUCUAUCUCUCAUCUCUUGCUAAGAAGAACUCUGCCAUGCUAACACCGACAUCGACUCCAUUCGUCUACGGCGGUAACGUACUUAUUGACCCUACAGCAAAAAUCGGAAAAAACUGUCGAAUUGGACCCAACGUUACCAUUGGACCAAACGUGCUCAUUGGUGAUGGCGUACGCUUGCAAAGAUGCGUUCUUCUUUCUGGAUCCAAGGUCAAGGAUCAUGCUUGGGUUAAGAGCUCUAUAGUAGGAUGGAAUUCAAUCGUGGGUAAAUGGGCUCGAUUAGAGAAUGUUACCGUUCUUGGAGAUGAUGUCAAUAUUGGAGAUGAGAUCUAUGUUAAUGGAGGAAGCAUUCUACCUCACAAAUUUAUCAAAGCCAACGUGGAUGUCCCGGCAAUCAUUAUGUGA